UCACAAACAAAGCCCAGAUCUGUCAUUUUGCGUUAUUUGGCUAAAAGUGAGGUGGCCUGUGAUGUAAGGGAGGCGUUUUUGGGAUUUGAUGAGACUCUUGAUCCAGACACGGAGUAUGGCGGCCACUGAGAUAGCCCGACAAGCGGGAGAGGGAGCACGUGCAGUGCCACUCUCUGGCCAUGUUGGCUUUGACAGCAUGCCAGACCAGCUGGUCAACAAGUCUGUUAACCAUGGCUUCUGCUUCAACAUCCUCUGCGUUGGGGAGACAGGUUUGGGAAAGUCCACUCUCAUGGACACCCUGUUCAACACCAAGUUUGAGGGCGAGCCGACUCAGCAUAACCAGCCUGGAGUGCAACUCAAGUCCAACACGUAUGAGCUGCAGGAGAGCAACGUGCGCCUUAAGCUCACCAUCGUUAACACGGUUGGCUUCGGAGACCAAAUAAACAAAGAGGACAGCUACAAAUCUAUUGUGGAGUUCAUCGACACACAGUUUGAGGCCUACCUUCAAGAAGAACUGAAGAUCAAGCGCACCCUGCACAGUUAUCACGACUCGCGCAUCCAUGCCUGUCUGUACUUCAUCGCACCCACUGGACACUCCUUAAAAUCUCUGGACCUGGUGACCAUGAAGAAGCUGGACAGUAAGGUGAAUAUCAUCCCCGUCAUUGCGAAGUCAGACGCCAUCUCAAAGAGUGAACUGGCCAAGUUCAAGAUUAAGAUUACCAGUGAGCUCGUCAGCAACGGAGUGCAGAUUUACCAGUUCCCCACUGAUGAUGAGACUGUGGCAGAGAUCAACUCCACCAUGAACGGCCAUUUGCCGUUUGCAGUAGUGGGAAGUACUGAGGAAGUGAAGAUCGGGAACAAGAUGGUGAAAGCACGGCAGUACCCAUGGGGAACUGUUCAGGUGGAAAAUGAGAACCACUGCGACUUUGUGAAGCUGAGAGAGAUGCUGAUCCGAGUGAACAUGGAGGAUCUGAGGGAGCAGACCCACACACGCCACUAUGAACUGUACCGCCGCUGCAAACUGGAGGAGAUGGGCUUUAAAGACACCGAUCCUGACAGCAAACCUUUCAGUUUGCAGGAGACUUAUGAGGCCAAAAGGAACGAGUUCAUGGGUGAGCUGCAGAAGAAAGAAGAAGAGAUGAGGCAGAUGUUUGUUCAGAGAGUGAAGGAGAAAGAGGCUGAGCUGAAGGAGGCAGAGAAGGAGCUGCAUGAAAAGUUCGACCGUCUGAAGAAGCUACACCAGGAUGAGAAGAAGAAGCUAGAAGAUAAAAAGAAGGCUCUUGAUGACGAGCUGAACAUCUUCAAGCAGAAGAAAACGGCAGCUGAACUCCUGCAGUCCCAGGCCCAGCAAGCAGGCAGCUCCACCACACUCAAGAGGGACAAAGAGAGGAAAAAAUUUCUAGGGAAAUCUCCUCAACCACCACUAAUGUGUAGCAUCCACCUGGAUGAUGCGACGGCAGCCAUAGUGCGCCCACAGAAUGCCCACCACACACCAGCUAUUAGUGGAGAGGAGAGAGUGAUUCAGAGAUGGGGAUUAUUAGGGGCCCAUGAUGGAGAAGGACCAAUGGGGGAAUUUCGCCAGGACCACUGGGGUUAUACCUCUUCUCUUUUACGAUAAGUGUCUUGGGAUUUUUAACGACCACAGAGAGUCAGGACCUCCGUUUAACGUCUCACCCGAAAGGUGGUUCUUGUUUUUACAGUAAAGUGUCCCGUCAUUAGGAUUAGCAGUAUAAUGCCCUAUACCGGGGCAGUGGGCCUCACACAGACCACAGAGUGAGUGCCCCCUGCUGGCCUCUCUAAUACAACUUCCAGCCCCAAUACAAAUACACCCAAAUACUAAUACAACCUUGAACCCCAGGAGGUCUCCCAUCCAGCUGAUUUGGCCACCUCACCAGACCAUUAUAAAGGAGGAAGACACUUGCACUGAGAAGUUAAUUCCUCAUCUGCUUGCUGCAUGCUGCAUGAGACGCCUUAAGCUGUUCAGGGUUCCUGUAGAAAGUGUUCUCCCAGCCAGCUGUGAAUGAGUUCUUCCCCCUCAGUGCUACUGAGCCAUGCUGCUCCGUUCCCCCUCCCCUCUUUUCCCUCCUCUCCCAAGCCUCAUACAUAACCACGCUGAAGAGGGAUCAUUAAUGUAAAUGGAAUCGUUGACUUAAAUGCAUUCUGUUUUCUUAUUUUUCUUUUUCGUUUCAUUAUAAGAGCCACUGUUUUUCUCUUUAUAAUGACUUGUUUUGGUUGAUCUGUAAUGCAUGACAGGUUUGCUAUUAACGUUAAUGAGUGUGACUACUGUUGUGUUAAUAGCAGGCUAAAAUGAGACUGGCAUCAGCUGGGCAUGGUUUGCUGUUCAUCAGUUACAACUAUAAUGGCUUUGUUGGUUGGGCUUAAGCGAUUCAACCAAGAAGACCCUCCCUGUACUACUUACACUAAAGGUGUGCAUCACUCUAGUAUAUUUGCUCAUUAAGAUCAUACUUGCAAUAGGUGGAAAUGAUUUGAACUUAUUUAAUUAAAUCAUUGCAGUAAUGUACACCUUUAGGACCUCAGUAGUUCUUAGUUUGGCAUGUUGUUUGUUUCAUUUUAUCCUGUUGCAUGUUAACAGAAUGUUUUCUAGUCAUCCUCUGGGUUUUUUUAUACACACCAUGAGCACGCUUAUAGGAGGUGUAUUAAGGCGAGCUUUUGCUGUGCAACAUUUUAAGUAUCAGCACCUGCUUAUAUCUGCUUCUUUAACUAUUUUGUGACACAUUAUUACAAACAUUUUGUACUUAGAGAUUUUAAACAAGUAUUGCGAAGGGAUCAAUAUUGCACAUGUCAGUGUACAAAAUAGUCUUCUAAAACAAAUAAAGGGCCGUUUUGACCAAACAUUGAAACUGUGGGCACACUCCUUGUGUACGAGUAUCAUACCAUAAAGUCUGCAUUGUACAUGUUUUACAAAUAUAAUACCACAUAUGAAAAUUUAUAUAUUAUUUUGAUUAUAGUGCUUCAAAAAAAUUCUGCAUUUGAAUAAAUUGGGCAGAUAUGUUUUUCUUUCCUGGGUGUUUGUAAACACACACAAAAAACCUUCUCAGGACUUAGAUAAAAAUGGAUCUUCAGUUCAUCGCUAGUUUUGGGCAACAUACUUUUGCUCAACUCAAAUAACUUCACAAGAGCAGAAAAAAACAUCCAAAUUUGUUUCACAGAUAUUUUCCACCAAUGCGUCAUAUCCAGUCAGUGGUCACUUUAUUCCUUAUACUUGAUUAAUAUUUUAUCAAGCUUAUAAUCACUUAAUAUAUAGGUCACGUUGUAGGUGGUUACUGACUGCAGCUGUGUACAAUUUGUUAGCGCUCUCUCUCAUCCUUCAGUGGAUAGCGACCACUGUUGGUCAGAACCUGACACUGAUUAGGGGUUAGAGGAUGAUUAACAAACUGCAUGGAAAAUUGAGCUGUAAAAUAACUGUAAAAUAGUUUGAACAAGGUGGGUGUAUAAUGCAGUGACCAGUAACAAUGUACAGCAACGCUACUGUGUCUGAUCCAGAUUCUAGCACAACCACUAAUAUACCACUGUCAGUGUCACUGCUGUGCUGAGAAUUAAACCCCAUCAAAAUAAUUCCACUGUUGUUGGGGGUCAGUGAGGCUGACAAAUUGUGUACAGAGGUGGAUGGGCUAUGGUCAGUAAUAAUAUAUUUUAAAUGCAAGUGCUCAUGAAGAAAAUUUAGGUGUUUUAUAUUAAACAGGAAAAUAAGUGUACAAUGUCUUGCGUAAAAUGAAUGACUAUUUUCUUCACAAACUUUUGUUUCCAGUUUUAACUGGAUCCUAAGUUGUUCAGAUGUGAUGCAUCAAAUUUCUUUGUACUACUAAAAUGUUACCAUAACGGUGUUUGUAUUUAAUAUAUUUCAGUUUAACAUGAACAUUUGCACAACUGCUCAUUUAUGCAGUUACUCAAUCAUGUGGCAGCAGAACAAUGCAUAAAAUCAGGCAGAUACAGCUGAAGAGCUUUAGUUAAUGUUUAUAUCAGAACGGGGAAAAAGUCUCAUCUCUGUGGCUUUAACCGUGGAAUGGUUGUUUGUACCAGACGGGCUGGUUUGAGUAUUUCAGAAACUGCUGAUCUCCUGGGGUUUUUACACACAAUAAUCUCUAGUUUACACACAAUGAUGCAAAAAACAAAAAAGCAUCUUGUGUGCAGAGGAUCUGCAGGCUGUAAUGCCUUGUUGAUGAGCGAGAUCAGAGGAGAAUGACCAGACUGUUCUGAGCUGACAGGAAGUCUAUAGCUCAAAUACUGCUCAAUUGUGCCGAGCAGAAAAGCAUCUCAGGAUGCACAGCACAUCAUACCUUGAGGUGGAUGAGCUACAACAGUAGAAGACCACACUGGGUUCCACUCCUGUCAGCUAAGAACAGGAAUCUGAGGCUAUCAUGGGCACAGACUCACCCAAACCGGACAGUUGAAGACUGGAAAAAGACCAGGUGAUUUUUUUUUUUUUUUUUUGUUCUUCUUUUUUCCCUACUAAUCUUCAACUGUCAGUUUGAGUGAGUCUGUGCCCAUGAUAGCAUAGCUGACAGGAGUGGAACCCAAUGUGGCCUUCUACUGUUGUAGCUCAUCCACCUUAAGGGUUGAUGUGUUGUGCAUUCUGAGAUGCUUUUCUGCUCACCACAGUUGUAAAGAUUGAUUGAGUUAUAUGACUAUAUCCUUCCUGGCAGCUCAAACCAAUCUGCUCAUUUUCCUCUAACCUCUCUUGUCAACAAGGCGUUUCCACCCACAAUACUGUUGCUCACUCAAUGUUACCAUUCUGUGUAAACUAUAGAGAUUGUGUGAAAGCCCCAGUAGAUUAAUUUCUGUCGUGGAAAACAAUCUUUCCAGCCUAACAAAAAACUUCAGAGACAGAUAGUUUGUAGAUGUCAAAAAGUAAUCAAACGUUAUUGAAACAAUAAAGUGAGGCAGUCUGCAGAAAGUCUGAAUUAUACACACACAAACAUGCCUUUUAUAUACUUUUCUGAAACAGUAAAUUUAUCUGUAGGUGGGGCAUUAAUCUCUUCUUUCUAAAAACAAACCAGUCUCCAUCGCCUAAUUAAUUAUUCAUGUCUACAUGAUAUCUUACAUUUGUGGCUCAUGUGCUGUCAUUUGGAUUUUUUUUUUUUAAAGGUUUUAUUGGGACAAGGUCAUUUUUUGCAGUGCAUGCGCCAUUUUCUGAAUGGUUUCAUCAGGACAGGGUUGUUACUUUGUCCCAAAAUAGAAGUCUUCUAGCUCAGUACACACUUGCAAUAUAACUUGAUUAAAAAGUGUUCUAUGGUUUUAGAUUAUGUUUCUAAAUGUUGAUUAUACAUGUAGAUUGUACUUUAUUAACAUAUCCAAAUGUAAGUUACACAUAUUGAUUACACUAUCAAUAUAUUCUAUAUUUCUGAAACACUCAAACCAGUCUGUCUGGUACCAACAUACAUGCAACGUUUAAAGUCACAGAGAUCACACUUUUUCCUCAUUUUGAUGUUUAAUGUGAACAUGAACUGAAGCUCUUGAUCUGUAUCUGCAUGAUUUUAUGCAUUGUGGUGCUGCCACAUGAUUGGCUGAUUGGAUACCUGCAUAAAUGCACAGGUGUUUGUGUUCCUAUUAAAGUGGACAGUGGGUGUAUAUUAACUAUAUUUUAAGUCUGUUACAUUGUUUUUAAAUCAAGACCAUUAAAAGGGAUGAGUGUACUGAUGGAAACAGGAUGGUCUGUUGUAUUUUGAUGAAUGGCACUCAGCAGGUGUCCCCUCUUAAAUCCUAGGAACGAUGGGUGUGAGCAGACAUGAAGUAUCGUUAUUUAAUUUGAGGCAUCGUGUGUUCUCUGGUGGGUUAUAUGUUGAAGCUGACUACACUUUUCCUGCUCACUGCUUUGUGUGUGUAUUUAUUUUCCUUUGCAGUAAUCCCUGGCUCUGCACUGAGUAGUACCUUCGCCCGCACAGCUUUGCUAAUGGACCUGACCUUGAGUUUUUGGUUAUUUGCUACUCUAAAGCCAUAGGAAGACAUUAUGGAUGCCAGCUAUUGUGGGUUUCUAAUAGAACGGCUUCCUUGUGUAUAAAAGGCUUUUUCUUUUCUUUUUCUUUUUUUGGUUACACCAACAUUUGCAAAGAAAGCUUUGUGUGCUACUAAAUCUAAUCACUUGCCUAAGGCUGUGCUUAUUUUGCUGGAAGUGUACUAUAUGCAUUGCUAUGUGACUGGUAUUCUUACCAUGUUUAGCCUCUUCAGGGAGAUCCCGAAAAUGCACUGAAUAUAUUUCAGGCUAAUUACAGUGUGUAUCAGUUCUAUCAGAAACUCUAGUUUAUGAAUAUACACAAUAUACAAACUUUCAGUGGAUUUUAAUUAAAGUUUGAAUUUAUUUUAAUAAACAGCCCACACCCAUCACCCAGAUAACUCUGAUUUUAACAGGUUUACAAUUGUUUUUCCACAGCUUAAAGACAUUAACAAGUGGGACUUCACCUGAAUUCAUGUUUGUAAACACAAUACUGAAUAUGGUAUAAAAUAUUUUGUGCUUUUGGCUGUCAGUUUUGUCAAAAAUUGUGAAAGAAUUUCAGAUUCAUUUGUGUCCUCCUUGUCCUCCCAUGGUUAGCUUAUUUCUCUUUCUGGCUGCUUGACUCUUUCUCUAACCUGCAUUUCUGUCCCUUUCUUCUAGCUUCUUUUAAAUCUCUCGUGGCCACCUGUCAGAAGAGGGGAUCGCAGAUUCCUCAAGAACUAAGCACCCAUUUCCUCUUCCUGCCUUUCACUCUGUCAGCCUUUUUAUUUUUUGGUUGUUUGUUUUUUGGAAACUUUGUUGUCUGCUCAGUUAAACAUGGUCAUAUGUGGGCUUUACAUGGUAUUUUCUGCAAGAAAUGUUCACUCUUUUCUAUUUAGGAACACCAAACAGUCCCACACUAAUAUUUUUAUAGACUUUGUGAAGAUACUGGAACCAAAGUUCUGGUAGUAAAAUAGAGCAUGAAGGGGGAAAAAAAAUAUUUAUUGUAAAAACAUCUGUUUUUAUAAAUUCAAAUAUAUAUUGCUUUUGCAUACAUAGCUUUCAUUUAUCCCCCAAUCUUUUGCAUUUACACAUCUGGGUUUCUCCUGUGAAGAUGUGUUUUUGUGUUGACUCUGACUGUGAGAUAGAAAGACCCAAAGAAAUAUUGUACAUUACCUGUUUAAUUUUAGAUUCUUAACAAUGAAACCAUGAAAUGAAUCUAUAAUUUGCUUGUAGUGCACAGUUAUUUAAGUUAGGCUGAUUUUAAGUUUGAGUUCGAUGCGAGACUCAUUUUUAACUCUCCUCUAAUUUGUUGAAUUUUAAAAGUCAUGGUUUAAAGAAGCACUUCUGAAUACCAUGUAGGUCACAUUCAGAGCCCCCUUUUUUCAUUUCAUGCUUUGCCUUAUCUAAUCAGCCUUUGCAUGUUUUAUAUGCUUCUACAGUGUAAAAGCUUUCUCUAUUAGCCUUUUUUUCUUCAUAGGUAGUUCAUACAGGUCCAUGGGCUGUUACACAUCUCUGCAGGUUUCUAUCAAAACCAUAUCCUGGAAAUACUUCACAUUUAGAUAUAUUGUUCUGGCAGUUUAAAAUAUGCAAUGGCAGACAGAUAUCCAUCCAUAUUUAUAUAUCAUUUAGGAGGAUCUAUUUUGUGUAUUGAAGUAGAAAUGUGUUGAUGAUCAAUCAUGCUGUUGGUAGGUGGUUGUUCUGGUUGUCAGACUGCAUCAUUAUCCUAGCAUCUUUCAUCAGUUACCCUCUUGCACCUGUCCUAACUCAAAAUUGUGAAAUAUUUCAUUGUGGUGAGAUUUCAUUGGUGUACAUUUUCAAUUAAAAAAAACCUGUCAGAAACUGUUGUUUAGUGAUUCAAUUAACUAUUGGAUGUAAUCUAUCUAUCUACUGGAUUUAAAACAAUAAAUACAUUAAUGGGUCUUAGCAUGCAUUCGAUUUUGGCAGUCCCACGUGUUGCUUAAAUCCAGUUAUACAAAUGUUAAUUUGUGUAACUUUGGAUAAAAACAUUAAUCAACAAAGGGUUGAUGAUCCCAAAAUGGAAUUAUUCAUUAUACUGUAUAUUAUAUAUCUUCUGGAACUUACUGUUAGAUGCUACAGAGGAAAGAACUUGACACACACUGUGGUAAGAUAUUGGCUUUUAUGAAAUCUUAUGCACAUGAACAAGCAUAUCUCUAUAACCCAUUAUGUUAAAAAAAAAAAAAAAAAACUAUUGUAUGUAUGUUUGUACAGUAUAUAAAUUGUAUAUAUUAUUUUGAUCAUUCAUUAAAAUCAGUUAAGUAGCUCUAAGGUUUUAGGUCCAAUACUUGAGAUGGUCUGAUAAACUUGUUGCCAAGG